AUGGCGAUAUCUCACGCCCUGCAGCCUUUGCUUCAUUUUCACCUCCUUGUGUCACUCUUUGUCUUACCAGUUGCUUUGGCCGCCUCUGUCAGCGACUUCCGAAUCUGCCAGAAUUCUCAGCAGUCUCCCAUUAAAGUUAACGCUGUGGAGGUCUCUCCAUACUCAUUUACGAGUGGCACUAACGCAAACUUUACCAUAACCGGUUUUACAAGCCAAGAAAUACCUAAUGAUGCAGAAGUAAGUGUAGGACUCACUUCUGAUGGGACACUCCGCACGGGGUCACUUGUAACCACUUUAAAACGUUACUCCCUCUGCGAUAUAACAACGUCAUGCCCUGUUGCACCUGGCUCCAUUGUGCUCACUUUCUCAAACAUAUUCAUUCCACAAGACUUACUACAACUCAUAGGAAAAGGAUACUAUGUUCUUGUCCGGAUACUCAAGAUGAAUAAUUCACCUGCAUAUGAGCCUAUGAUGUGCAUCAUGCUCAAUUGA